AUGUCCGCCGAAAGUCACCCCAUAAACCUCACCGCCUUCGCGGAAGUCAUCCAAGAGCUCACGCUAUCCACGCUGUACGCGAAAGUCGCCGAGCUGCACAACAGCAUCGCGAAGCUGGAGUACUCAAACCGCCAGCUGGAGGAAUUUCUCAACCCCGAGCAAGAGGAGGACAGAGCGGAGCUGACGGAGGACGAAGUGAAGGAUUUUGAGGGGUAUAUUGCCGAGAACGAGGGCGUGAUUCGAAGCAUGAAGGAGCGGAUUGCACUGGUGAAGGUUGAGGUUGAGAAUCGUGGGCAGAGAUGGAUCGAUGUCGAGAAGAAUGGUGAGGACAGGGAUAACGAUGGUGCGCCGGCGCCGAUUACGAAUGGGACUGGUCAGAAUGGUGGUAUUGAGCAACAGGGUGAGAGUGGAAGCGGCGAUGACGUUGGAGUGCAUCUCUGA